GGGUGGGAGGGAGUAUAUAGCAUAUCAUCUUCUCAUUUGAAAAUAUCUUUGGUGUGUUUGUGAUACUGAAUGGAGCUCAGCGCCUUCUACUCUCCAUUUUCUGUUGGAAAUGUAUUCUACCCAAGUAGGUCUCGUUUGUGCUGGUUGAAGAAACAUUGCAUCUAUGGGUUUGGAUCUCUGGAGAAAAAUGUGAAGCCUAUAAGAGCAUAUUCCAUACGAACAAAAUGGAGUUCUGUUUGUUGUUCUAGUAAUCCAGAAAUGAAUCAUUUUUCACCUUCUGAAAUAGAGCUGCUCAAUGGCAAAGUCAUAUAUUCAGUCGCUGCUGCCAUGGGCCAUAACAAGGAGUCUCACCCUGAAUGUAAUUCCAGAGUUCCUGCAAUCAUCGAUGCUCUUGAAAAGAUGAAGUUGACUUCAGAGUUCCGGGGCAUGGACAUCAUCGAACUUGAAAAUUUUAGACCAGCUAAAGUUGAAGAUAUAGCUAGGGUCCAUGAAAGAGCUUAUGUAUCUGGACUUGAAAAGGCAAUGGACCAGGCUUCUGAACAAGGGCUGAUUCUGAUCGAAGGCUCUGGACCUACUUAUGCUACUUCCACGACCUUCCAGGAGUCACUGUUGGCAGCUGGAGCAGGAAUUUCAUUGGUGGAUGCAGUGGUAGCAGCAUCUAAAAUUAGGAAAGAUCCUCCGGUUGGUUUUGCUUUAGUACGGCCUCCAGGCCAUCAUGCUGUUCCAACAGGACCCAUGGGAUUUUGUGUCUUCGGUAAUGUGGCUAUUGCCGCUCGCUAUGCUCAACGUGCCCAUGGAUUGAAGCGGAUAUUUAUCAUUGAUUUUGAUGUACACCAUGGGAAUGGAACCAAUGAUGCCUUCUACGACGACCCUGAUAUAUUUUUCCUCUCUACCCACCAGGAUGGGAGCUAUCCUGGAACUGGUAGAAUUAAUCAGAUCGGUAGAGGAGAUGGUGAAGGAGCGACCCUCAAUCUGCCUUUGCCAGGAGGAUCAGGCGACAGAGCCAUAAGAGACGUCUUUGAGGAAGUUAUUGCACCAUGUGCUCAGAGGUUCAAGCCCGAUAUAAUCCUCGUUUCAGCAGGAUACGACGCUCAUGUGUUGGACCCACUAGCAAACUUGCAGUUCACGACUUCGACAUACUAUAUGCUAGCUUCAAGCAUUCAGCAACUCGCGAGAGAUUUGUGUGGUGGUCGAUGUGUCUUCUUCCUGGAAGGAGGUUACAACCUCACUUCUCUUUCACAUUCCAUUGCAGACUCGUUUCGUGCGUUUCUUGGUGAGCCUAGCCUGGCUGCAGAGUUCGAUAACCCUGCAUUCUUAUACGAAGAACCAUCUAAAAGGGUGAAGGAAGCUAUUCAAAGAGUUAAGCACAUUCACUCUCUCUGAAAAUGCUCCAACUUGCUGAAAGUCGAUACUUGUAUUCUUGAUGUUGUCAUAUUUUGUUCUAUUUGUAUAGUUGAAUACGUGAAUCAUAGUUCAGUUGGUAAGAUGCUUUUCUCCCUACCAUUAAGUUGGAGGUUCAAAUCAUUACAUAAGCAAAGUGAAAGUGAAGAGCUAUUGCUGAUCCUAUUUAAUAAGAGGGGAUAAAACUAUGAAUACACAGAUGUGUUUUGGAUCA